AUGGCUCACCGGGUCUCACGGCGAGACUCAUGGCCGCCGACCAUGAUGCGUCUGCACCCAAGCAUCGAGACCGAGGACACGGCGAUGGAUAUCGAUCCCAACCACGAUGAGCUAUCCCUCGAGGAUGACGACCCCAUCAACUACUUCCUCACACCCACGCCCCUCUUAGACGAUGGCGACACGGACGACGAUAUGGACUCGAUGGAUCUGGAGAUGGACAUGUUUAAUGCCGGCAUCGAAGACCCUCACCACCCCCAGCCAACCAUCCGGAGCAUCAGCCCGUCCGACCUGACUGGGCCUAGCCGGCCACCGUCCGCACUGCCCAAGAUGCUCCCUCUGCCCAUCCGAUCUCCGACACCUCCCAAGGCGAGAUCCAACUCCAGGUCUCCGCCCUCAAGAAACUCCCCUGAGGCCCUGACGCCGACCACAGAGCACGACGAUGACGACGACGACGAGGAGGACUACGUCCGCUUCACCCCGAGCGGCACGCUCGCCCCGUUCAGCCUCUACCACAACUUCGCAAGCUCCAAGUCCAAGGGUGCCAGCCGCAAGGCGGCCGCCGCAGCCCAGGCCAGGGCACAGAGGUCACUGGACAAGAACGAUAGGGUGGGCAUGAUGAUGGCCCACGGGCCCUCGACCUCCUCCGCCAACCUCCUGCUCCCGCCCGACGCGUUUCACCCGGUGGGAGGGGCCGUCCACGACUGGUCCAGCGGCCGCGUAGCUGGUCUGGCCCCACGCACGCCGGGGCCCUUGGAGAGAACAACCGCCUGUCGCCGCGAGCGUGGCGAGCCCAGCCCAGAUGUUUGGUCGAUCGAGGAGGACCCCGAGGCAGAGAUGAUGAGCGAGUUUGGCGAGGGGAGCGUCGAGGUCGACACCCUCGGCCACAAGAGCGAGGCGAUGACCCCCGGCGGUGACAAGGCGGGAAAGAAGGUGCGCUUUGCGCUGCCCGUCACGGAGAUCCCUUAA